GUCGUGUUGCAUCCCUUUGGGUGGACAGCGGCCACUGUUGUUUUAGUACACUACUUAAGUUUAUGCGAAACGGACCGCGUUAUUGUUGACAUAGCAUCGGAAAGUGUAAAUAUAUUACGCAGUGUAUAAUGUAAAGUUUAUUGUGAUCAUUUUGUUUAUAAAUGAAAACGUUACUACAAAAUGCGUUCUAAAUUCAAAAGUGUUAAAUAAGUGUGAUAAAUAAAUUUAACGAUUCAUAAUUCGAAAUUCAAAUAAACGUUUAUAUUUAAAAUGCGCUGUAAUAAAAAAGUAAAUAAGUGUGAUAAAUAAAUAUAACGAUUUUAUAAUUCGAAAUUCAAAUUAACUUUUAAAAUGCAAAAGAAUAAAUAAGUGUGAUAAGUAAAUUUAACGAUUUUAUAAUUCGAAAUUCAAAAAAACGUUUAGAAUGCGCUCUGUGUCAAGAGCGGGAAUGUGGCACGUGUCGUGCGUGGUGGUGAGAUGAGAUGGCGUCGUGGACGCAGGAGCUGGACGCGGCCGCGGUGCUGGCGACCCGCGCCGGCCACUGGCACGUCGUGCUGUUCUACCUGCUGUGCGGACUUGCCGCCAUACCCACCUCCUUUCUCGUCUUCUCUCAGGUAUUCACCAACGCGACCCCAGAGCACUGGUGCGCGCCCCCUCCAGAGCUGAUCUCCCUCCACCUCCCCGAGGAGCUGCUGCGCUCCCUCACAAUCCCGGAGGUGGAAGGCGCGUACGAACGCUGUCUGGAGUACGCCAUCGAUCCUAGUGAACUGCAUCAUGCUUUGAAGGAAUAUGUGGUGGAGAGAUCAGAGACGAUCAGAGAAUUAGGAGCGUUAAGAGUUGUGAAGAUUCAACAGCUGUUGCCGGUGGUUGGUGAUGAUGCAAGGAAACUUCAGAUAUCCCGAGUGAAGGAAGCGGUUCUGUCUGUUAGAAAUGAGCAGCCCACGCCUUGCUCCAACGGAUGGAGGUUUAACACAGAGCAUUACAACAGGACUCUUGUUACAGAGUAUUCCCUGGUGUGCGACAAGGAGUGGUUACCUCGCACGAGCAACACUUUGUUCUGGGUCGGGUCGAUAUUCGGCAACCUCUUCUUCGGAUGGAUGUCUGACAGAUACGGACGGCGCAUCACGAUCCUCCUGAUGAUCUUCGUGGAAGUUCCCCUGGCAAUAGCGGCGUCCUUCGCGACUACCUACUGGAGCUACAUCGCGCUGAGGGUAGCUGGGGGUCUAUUCUUCCCAGCCCUCUAUCAGUUGCCUUUUAUCCUGGCUUUGGAGCUUAUGCCGCCGGGUAGAAGAAAUUAUGCCGGCAUUGUGGUAGGCAUGCUGUUCGCAACCGGCAUGUGCCUGCUCUCUCUCCUCGCGUACGCGCUGCGCGACUGGUUCCAUCUGUCUCUAGCCACCAGUCUCCCCUUCGUUUUAUUGUAUGGAUAUUAUUGGUUCCUACCAGAAUCACCGAGAUGGCUUGUUGGCAGAGGUCGGAUAGCAGAGGCUGAAAAAGUUCUCAGGAAUCUUGCGAGGAAAAAUGGAAUUGAUUUGCCCAGAGGGUUUCUUUUAGAGUUACAUAAAAAAAUCAAAGACGAAGAAGAUGCUGAGGCAGAACUGACAAUGCUCUCAAACAUGAAUGGCCACAUCACUGGAGUACCAGAAAAAGAUGAGCACCUAGACAGAAGAAUCAGUAAUAUGCUAACAUUUAAGCCAGAUCUUACCAAAACAGAAACUGACACGAUGCCAGAAAUAGAUCGAAUAAUCGCUUUAGAAGUAGCUGAGAUUGUACAGAAAUCUAGAAUUAUGGAUAGAGAAGAUGAUAUUGAGGCUUCAGAGGACUGUCAGUUAAAUGCAGAUUCUCAGCAGAAAGCAACGCAGACGGAUUUCAAAUCGCCAGGCAAUACUUUAAGGAGAAAGUCUUUGCAACUUAUGAGUAAGAUUUUUAACCAAGAUGAAGACGACGUGAUAGAGAAUAAGAAGAUGGAUGACCAGAAUUCAGAAGGAGACUGCAAAGCGUCGCCUUUGGAUGUGUUCAGAUAUCCAAAUAUAAGGAAGAAGUUCUUCAUACUGACCUUUGACUGGGUCGCUUUAGGCGUAGUCUACAAUAGUCUAAGUUAUAACACGCCUAAUUUAGGAGUUGAUGAUUAUUUAGCGUUUUUCAUUGGUGGUGCGGUGGAACUGCCGUCGUAUUUCAUAGCGUGGCGCUGCAUGGAGCGGUUUGGGCGGCGCUGGGUUCUGUGUAUCUUCAUGUGUGUCGGCGGAGUGGCCUGUCUGAGCUGCGUGCUCGUGCCGGAAUCCUGGCCCUGGAUCACAGUGGCGUUAGCCAUGCUGGGGCGGCUGUGCGCCGCGUCUUCCUUCGCCGUGUUCUACGUGCUGAUUGGCGAGCUGCUGCCGACAGUCCUCCGAGCCCAGGCUAUGGGAGCCGCCUCCUUCAUAUCAGGACUUGGGCUGCUGGCCUGCCCGUAUAUUGUGCAUUUAGCGGUGUACGCUAGAUCCCUUCCCUUGAUCAUCAUGGGCAUCCUCAGCAUAAUGGGAGGAGUGACCUCACUCUUCCUGCCGGAGACACUCAACCAGCCCUUACCUCAGACUUUGGGCGAUGGAGAGAUGUUCGGCAGAGAGUUCAAAAUACUCAGCUGCGUUGAGAAACCAAAGAAGUUACACCGAGCGGGUUCUGCUAGCCUGGUAGCGUGAUGUCAAAAGACGUGUUGAUUUCAAAGACACAGAUUAAGUGUGAUGAACAAUGAGAACCGAUGAACUUCUGCUAUCCUGGUAGUGCAUCAAAGCAGGGCCCUUAUUCUGUAAGUUAGUGUAAACGCGUAACGCGGCCGUGUCAUGUUAUCUUCGAGAAAUGUGCGUGGAAUGGUAUUCUGUAAGCCAAAUUUCUAUAGUCCUAAACAUGAUGCGUUGUGUUAAGUGCUUGUUACGCACUGUCAAAAUAAUGUGCGGGAUAGAGAAUAAGGCCCCUGCAAUUGUUUAUUUGUCAAUAUUUAUCGCCAAAAAGGAUUGUCUAUGAGCGACAUAGCCGUGAAAUAACGAUAAAGCUCCUUAAAUAAAUAAAAAAUAAUUAUUGUCUAUGGUCGCAAAUUAUUGUUUAAAAACUGAUUUAUGUGUAUGUUUCUUAUUCGUGAAUACCAAGCUGCAUGUUUAAAAACAAGCUAGUCAGAUAGUAGCUUCAUCGCAAUUACUUUGGACAACAUUUUCGGCUCAACUAACUCAAGCGUCCCGGACUUUUAUGAAAUAAUGUCUGAUUUCGUGUGUAUUUUAGGAGAACCUUAGCAGACAUGUAAAAGAGGUAAUAAUUCUCAUAAAACUUCUUUAAAUCAAUAAUACUAAUGACGAUAAGAGUAAGUAAGCGGCAGAGAAACUUGUGUUUUUUAAUAGAAUAUACAUGCGUAUAUUAUCUUCUCCGUUUUAUGGGCGCCUAGUACAUACCGGUGUGGCCAUUGGGACUUCAAAAGUAUUUUGGAACAUAAACUCAAAUGAAUAAGGCCCAAUCUGGAUUGAAACAAGAUCAAGAACAAACAAAGAAGAAUAUUGAAGAAUAUUCAGCUGCAUGUCAAUGUCACAAAAAAACGUUUUAAAAACUAUAAUUAAGAUAUAUUAAGAACACAUUCAUAUACAAGUGCCUAUUAUUGUAACAUACGUAAUUGCAAAGUACAAAGUAGUCAUAGUAUUACAAUAAAAUAAUUAUACGUUUUAUUUUCAAA